AUGACGUAUAGUUUCAAAUGCUGUGAUGACGGUUCUGGUAUAGCAAGUGGGUCUAUACUUAGAUUUGACAAUGUUACAAUUUUAUUAGACCCUGGUUGGAGCUCAUAUAAAGUCUCUUACGAGGAUAGUGUGGCAUUUUGGUCGAACAUUAUUGCUGAGGUUGACAUAAUUCUGAUCUCGCAACCGACUACAGAAUGUUUGGGUGCCUAUACCUUCCUGUAUUACAAUUUUAUAUCGCAUUUUAUUUCACAUAUUCAGGUGUAUGCUACACUGCCUGUAGCCAAUCUAGGAAGAGUAUCAACAAUUGAAUUUUACGUUACAAAGGGUAUCAUAGGUCCUUACCAAACAAACCAACUUGAUAUAGAUGAUGUUGAGAAAGCGUUUGAUUUCAUAGAUGUGCUUAAAUACUCUCAACUCGUUGAUUUAAGAUCCAAAUACGAUGGUUUAUCAUUAUUUGCAUAUAAUUCAGGCUACGCACCGGGUGGUGCUAUAUGGUGUAUAACUACUUACUCAGAGAAAUUAAUUUAUGCCCCAAGAUGGAAUCAUACUAGAGAUACGAUCUUGAAUGCUGCUAAUCUAUUAGAUAAUACAGGAAAACCAUUAUCAUCACUAAUGAGACCGUCUGCAAUAGUUACAAACUUCGAUCAUUUUGGCUCCUCACAACCUUUUAGAAAGCGUGCAAAAUCUUUCAAGGAUAUACUUAAGACUAAACUAAGCAAUAAUGGUAAUAUUUUGAUUCCAGUAGAUAUUGGUGGUAAAUUCUUAGAUCUUUUUGUUUUGGUUCACGAUUUCCUUUAUGAGAAUGGCAGGAAUAAUAAGUUAGCAAAUAUUCCAAUUGUACUCCUGUCCUACACAAAGGCAAGAUCACUAACAUAUGCAAAAUCUAUGACGGAAUGGUUUUCUAGUAUCUCAGCUAAAACUUGGGAAAAUAGAAACCAAAAAACAGCUUUUGAUCUGGAUACGCCAUUUUCUGUUGUGGACUCAAAUGAAUUGGCAAAUUUGAAGGGUCCUAAAAUAUGCUUUGUUUCUAAUGUAGAGACAUUGGUUAACGAUGCAUUGUCGAUUUUAGGGUCAGAUAAUAAUACAUUGUUAGUUUUGACUACAGAUAACAGACAGGAAGUUCCAGCACUUCAUACAAUAUAUGACUACUGGAAGGAGAAUAAUACUGAAAGUUCAAUUGAAAGUGCAAAUGUUCUAAAACUGAACCAAAAAAUUACCAUAAAUACCACAACAUUCAAGGAAUUGCAGAACGAAGAACUUGAUGCUUAUCUAAGUAAAUUAGAACAAAGGAAACGGAAACAGUUGAUAACAGAAAUUACGACCAGGAAGGGGCUCAAAAAGGGGGCCGCCGUUGCCCUUCCUACUAAUUUAGCAUCUGAUGAAGGUCAGAAAACAGAAGUUGAUCUGGUUGAUGACAUUACAAACACCGAAGAUCUGGAAAAACUAUUAGAAGAAGAGGAGGAGGACGAAGACGAAGAUAAUGAAGAUAAUCUUAUUAAUAUUUUAGAAGAUGAAGAUAGAGCCGACGGAAUUGAGGAGUCUAUUCCAGUAGAUAUAAUAAUUACGCCUGGUGUUAACAACAAGCACAAAAUAUUUCCAUUUCAGCCUCUUAGACAAAAAAAAGAUGAUUAUGGUAUUGUAGUGAAGUUUGAUCAAUUUGUUCCAGCUGAAGACAAAGAUGAUAUUACGCCAUCAAAGAGACAUAUAAAUGGAGAUAAUGAGGAGGAUAUGGAUGACGAUUAUGUUAUAAAGGAAGCUUCUAAUAAGAAGAUCAAAUCAGAUAGUGUUAACCAGCCCACAAAAGAGACUAAAUUUUCGGAUGAUAUUAAUCACUUGCGGAAUAGCAACAGACCUGGUAUACGAGAGUUUAAAGCAACUGAGGUUAACUUAAAUAUGAGUUUAACGUUUAUCAACAUGGAAAGUUUGGUGGAUAGAAGGUCAUGUGGUGUGAUAUGGCCACUUUUUAAAAGCCGCAAAUUAAUUUUGAUGGGACCUUCAAAUGUUCAAGACAAGCAUGUAACUGGCAUCAUCACUAGUAAAACCAUGGAAGUAACCAGCCUGGCAUAUAAUCAAUCAAUUGAUUUUGAUACUACCAUCAAGGCAUUGGAUAUAACGAUAUCUCCAGAAUUGGAUGCACUUCUCAAAUGGCAGAGGAUCAGUAACGACUACACACUUGCGCACGUAACCGGUAGACUAGUCAAGGAAAGUGCCCAUCAGUCCUCGGCUGUACCAGUAACAGAUAACACCACUUCUAGUGGAAGAGAGAAAUAUGUGCUAAAACCAUUAAAUGGCAAUGUCGGUGUACAGACCAAUGGCUCACUAGCUAUUGGUGAUGUCAGAUUAAUCAAACUGAAACAAAACUUAAACGCGACUAAUCAUACUGCAGAGUUCAAGGGUGAAGGUAUAUUGGUAGUGGAUGAUAAAGUAAUUAUUAGAAAGAUAAGUGAUAGUGAAACUAUAAUUGAUGGUCCCCCAUCGGCACUGUUCUAUUCUGUGAAAAAGCUAGUGAUGGAUAUGCUAGCUAAGAUAUAA